UCAUAAAUUUAAAACAGCUGGAGUUUGUUUAUUAUCUAUUCGCAAAUUAUAACACUUCAUUUGUGUUUUACAAAUAUAUCCUUUAUGGAUACAUUAAAUUUAUAAUACAUUAUAAACAAUAUAUAUAACGCUUAAAGUUAAGUCUAAAAUAAAAUUUGUUCAAUGGAAAACAAAGGUGAAUAUUGUGGAGAGUCUUCAGAACCGCAAACCACACAAGAUCAUAAUGCAUUAUUGGACUCACCUAUACGUGGUCCUACAUUAUCAACUAGUACAUCAAGUUUCGAAGCUUUGGAUCCCCAUGAUCCUAAUUUGAGCAAGUUAGCAACGAAAAUGUUUCGUAAAACAGAGGAGUAUAUAAGUAAUGAACUGAAUGCUCCACUUGAAGAUUACAAGCUUUUGGAAGAAAUGAAUAAAGCCACCGUGGCUAAGUAUUCAGAUAUGCAACAAAUUGCUGAAAAUCUUAGUGUAUCCACAAAUGAAUUAAGCAUAAAAUUCCAACAAUUGGUGCCAUUAAUGAAGCAAAUCGAUGAAAUAUCGGAUACCGUAGACAAGUUGGAAGCUGCUGCUUAUAAAUUGGAUGCUUAUAGCAUAGCACUUGAAAACAGGGUAAAGUCUGUACUUCAACGAAAGACAAAUAUGCAUUGAAAUUUUAAUUUAUUUAGUAUUAGUUUUUAGAUUAAUUUACAAAAAAUAUGCAAAAUAAAAGUUGAUUUAUUAUCCAAGUAUCAGCUUUAUUAAUAUCGCAAGCACAUUAAGGAAUAUCAGUGGAACUAAAAUGAAAUUAUAAAUUAGUCAAUUCAAUUCUCGAAAUCGCUGUAUAACUUACUCUUCGCGACUGUACGUAUGGAACGAACGAGAUUAAGGAUCUGAGCUUUCGCUGUGGGCUGUCCAAAUUCUUGCAUGUUAUUUGCCUGUGCGCCCCAACCAACUACAAAAAUACUUGAUAAAUAUUAGGAUGUUUGUGUACGAAAUAGUUUACUCACACUUAGCCAAAAAGCGUUCCUCGUGUAGUACACAUACUGCAUUCAGGCAUAGUAAAGAAGCCUCGACAAGCGUCCAUAAAGUAAACAUUUUGAUAAUCAAAUAUUUUUAGAAAACGAUGACGACGAUCAAAAACAAUCUACAAUUCCGGCUCUCAAAUUGCCCAAA